CUGGAGCCACGCCGCCGCCGCCGCCGCCGCACGCACGUGGCAUGCGCGGCUAUUCCUGUCCUGGCUGCAGCAUGGCGGGCCGAAGGCUCCUCUUCCUCACCACCCUUGCUCUGCAGCUGCUGGGAGAUGCUGCGGGCAGCCAGCCGGGCCUGCGGAGCCGGGCAGCCGCCGCAGCCUGUCGCCUGGACAACAAUGAGAGCGAGUCUUGGGGGGCCCUGCUGGCGACCGAAAGACUAGACACCUGGGUCUGCUCGCUCCUGGGCUCCCUGCUGGUGGGGCUCAGUGGGGUCUUCCCGCUACUCAUCAUCCCCCUGGAGAUGGGUACCUUGCUCCGAUCAGAAGCUGGGGCUCGGCGCCUGAAGCAGCUGCUCAGCUUCGCCUUGGGGGGCCUCUUGGGCAAUGUCUUCCUGCACCUGCUGCCUGAAUCCUGGGCCUACAUCUGCAGCACCAGCCCUGGUGGCGAGGGGCAGAGCCUGCAGCAGCAGCAGCAGCUGGGACUGUGGGUCAUCGCCGGCUUCUUGACCUUCCUGGCACUGGAGAAGAUGUUCCUGGACAGCAGGAAGGAAGGGAGUGGCCAGGGCCCCAGUAAAGACCCCACUGCCACUGCCGCUACACUCAAUGGAGGCCAGUGCCCAGCCCAGCCAGCUGUGCAGCCUGGCCUGCGAGCUGUGCUUCGGAGCGUCAAAGUCAGCGGCUACCUCAACCUGCUAGCCAACACUAUAGACAACUUCACUCACGGGCUUGCCGUGGCUGCCAGCUUCCUGGUGAGCAAGAAGAUUGGGCUCCUGACCACCAUGGCCAUCCUCCUGCAUGAGAUUCCCCACGAGGUGGGCGACUUUGCCAUCCUGCUCCGGGCCGGCUUUGACCGCUGGAGUGCAGCCAAGCUGCAGCUGUCCACAGCACUGGGGGGCCUGCUGGGUGCCUGCUUCGCUAUCUGUACACAGUCCCCCAAGGGCGUAGAGGAGACCGUGGCCUGGAUCCUGCCCUUCACCUCGGGGGGCUUUCUCUACAUCGCCCUGGUGAAUGUGCUGCCCGACCUCCUGGAGGAAGACGACCCGUGGCACUCCCUGCAGCAGGUGCUCCUGCUCUGCUCGGGCAUCGUGGUGAUGGUGCUCUUCUCGCUCUUCGUAGAGUAGCCUUCCCCGACGCCCCGCCCUGCCCAGCAAUAAGAGACUCCGAUUCACUCUGACAAGUGUGUGUGAGCGCGGGGCGCGAACAGCGGGAGGGGUGUGGGGGUGUGCACGUGUGUGAGACCAACACUGUGAUCCCUGGGGCCUUGUGCCCUGGGACCCAGGGCAGCACGUGCCUCCUGCCGCGCCGGGGCCUUCUCUCCUUGCCACCCUGUCACCCCACAGGGAACAGCAAGGAACUGCAGCAUUGUGCUCCACAGGGGCCAUGCCCUGCCAGGACCCCAGAAGGAAAGAGAGUGGCCCUGAGUUGCUCAGGGCUACAGGGGACCCCCGAGGCUGCCCUGCCUCCUGCUGGGACCUUUACCUGAGCAGCCCCCUUCUGCUGGCCCUUCCUCAGCACCUGCACAGCCAAAGAAAGGAGAGGCAGGGGGCUGCUGGUGGGCCCCCCACCCCACGCCUCCGCACACUACGGGCCCCAGCCCUACCCGCACCCAGCAACAGAUGCUUUCCAAGGCCGUCUCCUCAGGGCUGCCCACCCCGGCCAGCUCCCAAAUCCCCAGUGAGCACUCUCCGGCAGUGCCAGCAGCUCCUGCCACCGCGAGCUGCCAAACAGCAGCCUACAGGGCUGUGAGCAGCUCCAAGCCCGAAAGGCUGCCCUCCCAGUCCAGCUCAGCGAUGCUCCUGCCAACCCAAGGUCCAGCAGACGCCCUGGGAGCUGGAAGGGUGUGACCCGCAGCUACCCUGCCCACUAGGGCCCCUGGGCUGGGGGAAGGGGGAGUGGUGGUGAGGGCCCCGUGUGCUCAGCGCUCAGGAAUGCGCCCCGGGAGAAUGCCGAGCCAUAAUCCCCAGCGUACCCUUGGCUGACGCCCAGGCUCAGCUGGCCUGCCCCGCAGCCGGGCUCUGGCCCUGUGCUGGCCCGCGCUGUCUGAACAAGUAAGGGUCUGCGGUGGCUCCACUUCUGUUUGUAAAUAUGUGUUCUAUGGAUGAGAUAUAAAUAAAUAAAUGCUAUCC